AGUAAAAACAAACAAAAAUGCAUUUAUUGAGAGGUCAUAGGUCGUUUCCGAAGCUCAAACAAUUUACAGCAAGACAAUCGUCUCAAGUUGCGUUUAACCAAGACGAAUACACUGAAAUGCCGGAGUAUCCUCCGAUAGUGGAUAUGUCUUUAAAAGCUAGGAAGUUACGGGAGCAGCAGGCUAUUCACGAGAAGAUAAGGAAAUUAAAUACUGUAGAAGAGAAGCAGAUAGGUUUGAACAUGCCUCGGUAUUAUGGUUUCCGUAGUGUGAUAUUCAAGGAUGACAAGGUGCCGUAUAACGCUAUGCCACUAGUUCAGGGUUACACGCGGACUCAUUUUAAGCUGAUAAAUAAGCUGCCUGAUCCAUAUUUGGAGACGGCGGCAGCUGCAGACUUGACCGUGAAGGAUGUAAAGUCAUUUGUUGAAGAUGCUAUUGUUAUUGAAUAUGAAAAGAUUGACCGAAACUUUUCACCAAGCUUGGAUAAAACAGAGGAAGAACAAAAGGAAAAUGCAAUAGCAAAAUGCAUAGUAAAACAGAUAAACAGGAUCAUAACUAACAACCUGGCUGAUAAGGUUGCACAUAUACUCUCAGCACAGGUGGACUAUGACCCUCGUCAUGAAGCCUUCUGGUUUGUUGGUGGCACAGACGUUCCAGCCAGAGUGAUCAAGUGGCGGAAACAGUACAAGUGGCUCAGGGAACCGGAACGUCUGCAUGAGCCAGUCGACAGACCUGUGCAAUACUUAGGUACACCAUUCAUAGCAAUCAGGAGUCAUCAACCUUUGAAACCUCUAAUACCUUACAGCGAGGCUGAAAAUCCAGAGUUCAAAGUACCCAAGUUCACAUAUGUCCCAGAGUCUGUUGGUUACUUCACUGAGCACAGACAUGGCACUAAUAUUCCUGGUUUCUGGCCUGGAGACUAUGACGAAUUUGGACUAUUAUCUAUCCAUGGAAGAGGUCACUUGUUAGUUCGAAAAGAAUCAUAUGGCGAGAAUGACCAACUUGAAGCCCUGCAUUGCCAGGCCAUGAAAAACAGCUUUGGUUGGCUAUUGGCCCAGGCCAGUUACCAGGGCUUCACCACGUUCAAUGACCUCACAUAUCCUCUAGUCACCCAAACAGUAAUAACAAAUGGACAACUUUGGUCUUUCUAUGCAUACCAGCUGAACACUGUCACUAUGCACAAUGAACAAAUUGAUGAAAACCCUAAACACAAUAUCUGUUUUGGAUCAACACCUAUGAAAUUAUAUGACACUAUUGAAGAUGGAAAAGUUAAAGGAUUGAAUGAAGAUGUACUAAAAAUGUUAGUACAGUUUUACUUAAAUUCUCCCGAGGAAAGGGAACAUGAGAUGAAGCCAUACUUAGGCAAAGAAGAAAAAGUAAUUGCUGACAUUGAUGACGAUAAGAAACGGUGUUGGUUAGAAGACAGGUACAAGCACCUCGUGUCCAAUAGACCUAAACAUUUCCUUCUACCUGAAACUUAUCUAUGGGAAAAGAUAUACAAAAUUGAACAUAAUACUAGAUUUUUCGAAAGGAAAGUUAGACCAUUUGAGCUUGGUGUUAAUCCAUACAAAAGGAAACUGAACGAACACUUGCCGCCGUAUAUUCCGAAAGUUCUUCGUCCUUACCCGAGAAGUAAAAAGAAGUUUGAAACUACUUACUAUCCCGAUGUGUAAUGAAUCAUGUAAUAUUAUUAGAAUAUCUUAGUUAUUUAUAAUGAA